AUGUUCCUGCCUCCAGAGGUUUGGAGUCAAAUCGUGUUAAAUAUUCCUUCUUCCCAUGUCUCCCCGCUGCUUCACGUUUCUCGUAUGUUUCACGAAUUUGCUAUUGCCAUCCUCUUUUCUGCAAUAAAAAUAUAUUUCAUCGGCGGACACAGUGCUCUUCAAAUGCUCAACACCUUCCAUGAGGAUUUCGUGCAAGACACCGUCGAGAAACUCAUGACUACGUCCUGGGCACUCCUUCGCCACAUUACCCGCCUCCCUAGCUUCGCCAAAGUCGUCAGAAGUAUCACCGUCGUCGCCUUUGCAGAUUCACAAUCUAUCUUCGAACAACGGGAUGCUCUUGAUGCAUUACCCAACCUACAAACAUUUCGCUGGAUUGGUACGAGGCCGGGAUUAUCAGAAAGCCUGGCGAAACGCAUCCCGCCGAGUGUGCAAACAUUAGACCUUCAAACUUAUGUAUCCACCUACUCAUUGGGACAUCUAGGCAACGUCACCCGCCUGAGUAUGCCCACGCCUUUCUUUUAUCCAGACGAUGAAGAAGCGCACGAUGAUAUGGUCAUCGAUGAAAACCUCUGGGACUGUUCGUCGUCGAUUGAUGUGAGGGAAGUACUCAACGCAGUCUCCCAAAAUCUUCAAUCACUGGUUAUCCUUACUCAGCACAUCACUCAAGUGUCCAUCAGAGUCUGCAACACACUGAGAGUACUCGAGAUUUGCGCCGCCCAUGGAUCAAGUUUUACAGGGUUGGAUUUGGUAUUUCGUCACGCUGUGGCACUGGAAUCCUUAACGGUUGUAGGCUACCUCGACGAUGAAACCCUCUCCCUCCUCCCCGAAGACUCGUCGGUUCUUCCUCAUCUAAAUUCCUUCCGGAUCUCUUCUGAUGGCAUUACAUUGGAUCACAUCUCUGACACUGGUAUAUGCGCUUUGCUGGGGUUCCUUCGGGGUCGAUCUUUGCUCAGAAGACUCUACCUCCGGCUUCCCGCUGCUCAUUGGAGCCAGACCAGCAGCAUCCUGGAAGUCAUCGGUGACCUCGAUGGGUUGGAAGUUCUCGGUCUUCACACAGGAUACGAUCCUCUUUCUGACCUUGAAAUCGGCAUGGUAGCCAAGAUAUUGUCUAAGAAACUAAGAGCGCUUCAUUUGGCCUUGAACUGGGGGGGAUCUGAUUUGUUACCGCUUAUAGAUUCGGUCGCUCAACUCCCUCUCCUUUCCUUCUUCCAUUUGUACGGCGUCGUGACCCGCUUACCCUUGCUGCUGGUUGAUGUCGCAAGCGAGGUUAAGACUCUCAAAAUGGUAGGCCUGAAUCGUGCUCUGUGGGACAUUAACAGGGCGGGCCCCGAGCUCAUUCUCACGAAAUGGCCUCGUUGGAAGAUUAAGUUUUGUACGGAGGAGGAGUUCUGCUGCGAAGACGAUGCUUGGUUAUUCAAAUAUAACUGA